GAAAGACCACGCGAACAAGCACGGAAAGGCCAUCAAGAUGCAACGCAGGUACGCCAAGGGGAUGUUCUUAGUAUCGGUGUUCUCGUGCAUGGUUAUCAGAGGAGGCUCCUACCGGGUGAACUUAACGGAAGCCGCCGAAAAAUACGUAAAAAGCAAGAAUACCACAGGCGAUAUCAUCAGUUGGGGCCUUACAGAGAAGUACGAUUACUGGAAGUACUAUCCUAAUUCGACGCAACAAGCAGUUACCGCUUCGGUAAAGUGGAUGAUAUACGGUGAUUGCAAUCCACAUACGUAUAGAGGACGACGAAAAACUAAAUGCACAGGAUACUUUUCGUGGUCGAAUCAUGAAUACAUAGUUUGUCCUUUUCACCUGAAGUACAACACCGCGCUUCCGGUUAGGUACCCAGGAUUAAAGCCGGAAAUAUUCGAGCUUGAUCUAAACCACCUGCCUGCAAAAGCUGAACAUAAAAAGUGGAACAGACCCCGACAGAGUGAGGAGACAAAUGUGUUCAAUACGAAAUGUCACUACGUUGCGAGGAUAGCGUUCGACGGCUACUUCGUGUACCUCAAAAAGCAAGGAUAUCAGUUAAGCUGGAAUGCUGUUCAUAUAACUGAGAUUGCCAGCGCCACCGAAGGGCUUAUAGUAAAAAGAGGCAAGCUGACAUACAAUGUGUGGGGCAUGUUACAUGAAGCUAUGUGGUGCUAUGAAUAGUGCAAUAAAGGUAACAUAAA